AUGUGGUGUUUAAUGCAAACGGUUUUUAUCAGACCAAAGCACUGUAUGGAACAUCACUACCCACAAUUCUCUGCGCUUUUCCUCAAGCUCAGUGGGCGGAGCUCGAACGGAAACAUGGCAGCGGGCGUCUUAACUAGAGUAACGCAGGUUCUCCGGGGCCCUCGGUUGGUCUCCGCUGUGUUCUCGUGUCACGGACAGACAUUCAGCUCCGCAGCAGCUGCAGUCAAAUCAACGCCAGCAGCGAGAGACACCGCUGCUACAGAGAAAAUCCAGAACUUCCCACUUACUCAACCAGACUAUUUCCGCUUGUCUGAGCUCUUCACCAUGAAGGACCUGUUUGAGGCCCGUGUUCAUCUUGGACACAAGAAAGGCUGUCGACAUAGGCUGAUGGAACCGUAUCUGUUUGGCUCUCGUCUGGAUGUUGACAUCAUUGACCUCGAACAGACAGCAGAACACCUCCAGCGGGCGCUGAACUUCACGGCUCAUGUGGCGUACCGCGGUGGCAUCAUCCUGUUCGUCAGCCGCAGGCGGCAGUUCGGUCACCUGGUGGAGACGACGGCGAAGGAGUGCGGUGAAUACGCUCACACACGCUACUGGAAGGGAGGACUGCUCACCAACGCCCCUAUCCAGUACAGCCCCGGUGUGCGACUUCCAGACCUCAUCGUGUUCUUCUCCACGCUCAAUAACGUUUUCCAGCAGCACGUCGGGAUCCGGGACGCAGCCAAAAUGAAUAUUCCCACGGUCGGGAUUGUGGACUCUAAUUGUAACCCCAGCCUCAUCACCUACCCAGUGCCAGGCAACGAUGACACUCCUGUUGCGAUGGAAAUGUACUGCCGGCUAUUCAAAAUGACAGUUAACCGGGCAAAGGACAAGAGGAGACAGAUGGAGCUUCUCAAGGGGAUUUCAGGCUCCGUAUGAGGGAAGGUCAAUGAGCUUCAACAUCUCUGAUCAGAGUCUGUCCACAUUUAGAAAGUUCAAUGGAAUUAUAUGAGUCCAAGAAGUAACUGCAGUUCAAAUUCAGACAUAUUCAAUACAUAAAAAAAUAACCAUCCCAGAACUGAAGACGUCCAACAACUUAAUUUGCCAGUGUAAAAUCCAGUGGCUUCAAACUGAAUAUUUAUUGGUUUUGUUUUGAUUUCCAUUGCUUACUUGUUAUGAACCCAAUAAAGUUUCACAAAUCCAUA